AUGGGUAGCGUGCCCACGUACGACACUACCCCCUCACAGGGGUCUGACACGGAUCAUGUCAUGCCAAUUGCCAUUAUUGGCAUGGCUGGUCGCUUCCCAGGAGAUGCGGAGAACCCAAUGAAGCUUUGGGACAUGAUUGCUGAGGGUAGGAGUGCGUUGUGUGAUAUCCCUGAGAACCGCUUCAACAUCAAUGCCUACUACCAUCCCAAUAAUGAGCGUCAAGGCACCAUUAAUGUACGAAAAGCUCACUUUAUGAAGCGAGAUGUCGCUGCAUUUGACGCUCCUUUCUUUACAAUGCCUAUUGCUGAGGCGCAGGCCAUGGAUCCCCAACAGCGCAUGGCGCUUGAAUGUACGUACGAGGCUCUGGAGAACGCCGGUAUCCGAAUGGAUAAUGUGAAUGGGUCAAACACCUCAUGCUAUGUCGGAUGCUUUACAAGAGAUUACAGCGAUAUGAUGGCUUGUGAUCCUGAAGAUCUUCCACUUUACCAUGGCACCGGCACGGGAUCUGCCAUCAUGUCCAAUAGAAUCUCGUGGUUCUUUAACAUGAAGGGUCCUAGUGUUAGUCUUGACACGGCAUGUUCUUCGUCAAUGGUGGCGCUACAUCUUGGCUGCCAAAGUCUUCGCACAGGAGAGACGACCAUGUCCAUUGUUGGCGGUACAAACUUAAUGCUGAUGCCCGAUAUCAUGGGCGCCAUGACCCGACUGCAUUUCCUGAGCCCUGACGGAAAGUGUCAGUCGUUUGAUCACAAGGCCAAUGGUUACUCUCGUGGUGCCGGAUUUUGUGUUUUAAAGCCACUUCACUUGGCUCUGAAGGAUGGAGAUGUAAUUAGAGGAGUCAUCCGCAACUCAGGCGUCGGACAGGAUGGUAACACGCCAGGUAUCACUCUUCCGUCUGGUGAAGCGCAGGAAUCUCUCAUCAGACGCGUCUAUGCCGAAGCUGGUCUCAGUAUGGCACACACAAGCUACGCUGAAGCUCAUGGCACCGGUACACCUGCUGGCGAUCCUGUAGAGGCAGGUGCUCUUUCUAGAACGUUGGGAGCAGCGAGAGCUCCAGGCGACCCGCUCUAUAUCGGGUCCGUGAAGACCAAUGUUGGCCAUCUUGAGGGUGGCUCCGGUCUUGUCCAAGUCGUCAAGGCAGUUAUGAUGCUUGAAAAGGGAGAUAUCCCGCCGUCGAUAUGGUUCGAGAAGCCAAAUCCGCGUAUUCCCCUACAGGAGUGGAAUUUGACUGUCCCUACGCAGCUCACUCCUUGGCCGGUCCAAGGCCUUCGACGUGUCUCAAUCAACUCCUUUGGAUAUGGAGGAACAAAUGCCCACUGCAUUAUAGACGAUGCGUAUCACUACCUCAGAGCUCGAAAGCUUCGGGGAAAUCACAAUGUACAAAAUCUUGGCAACAGCUCAUUGGAUUCUACACCUGACUCGGCAAUUGGCAUGAGUCCUAAUCUUCCCGAUAGCAUGGUUUCUUGGUCAUCAGUCACACCUUACCUUCCUGUUGACGGCGAUAACCCAUUAAAGCGCGCUCUUGCUCCUAAGCUUUUCCUGUGGACGUCUAACGAGCAAGAGGGUACACAUAGGAACUCUAAGAUCUACGCCGACUAUCUCUUAGCAAAGCUUGAGUCAGACCUAUCUGAAAAGGACAAAAGGACAGUUUUGAGGAAAUUUGCCCGAACGCUUGCUCUUCGGCGAAGCAUCUUACCCUGGAGGACGUUUGCCGUUGUCGAUUCUCUGGAGGAUGCCGUGGCUCAGCUAGCAGACGUAGUAGUUAAGCCCCUUCGUGUCACUUCUAACUCGGGCGCCGCGCCGAAACUAGGCUUUGUAUUCACUGGCCAAGGAGCUCAAUGGUUUGCCAUGGGCAGGGAACUGUGCGCCUAUCCCGCGUUCCAGGAGAGCCUCCAAGCCGCAAGUGUGUACUUGGUCAGCAUCGGUUCCUCCUGGUCUCUCAUGGCAGAACUUCACCGUAAUCAAGAGUUGUCGAGAAUCUCGUCUCCCGAUCUCAGCCAGCCCAUCUGUACUGCUCUGCAAAUUGCACUGGUUGAUCUUCUCCGAACCUGGGGUAUCCGACCUACUGCCGUCGUCGGACACUCAAGUGGCGAGAUUGCUGCUGCGUAUGCAAAGGGUGCCAUUUCUCGAGAAAGCGCAUGGAAGAUUUCGUAUCAUCGUGGAUACCUUUGCAGCUGCAUUCGCGGAUUUGCGCCGACUCUUCAUGGAUCAAUGCUGGCGACUGGACUAGGGCUUGAUGACGUCCAGCCGUAUAUUGAACGACUAAGCCAAGGAAACGCUACAGUGGCCUGUGUGAAUAGCCCUCACAGCACAACCAUCUCGGGUGAUGAAGUCGCAAUAGAUGAACUUCAAACAAUAAUUAAGGAGGACGGACACUUUGCGAGAACGCUGCGUGUCGGAGUUGCCUACCACUCUCCACACAUGCGAGUCAUCGCUGACAAGUAUGCUGAGGCCCUAGGUGACAUCCAUAUCAAUUCCGAUAAGGCUGAAUCCGCGAAGAUGUUUUCAUCCCUCACUGGCAAAGAAGUCACUAGCAAUUCGGAACUUAAUACAGCCUACUGGGUUGCAAACCUUGUCAGCCCCGUGGAAUUUUCGGCCGCCCUUCAAUGUCUCGUCAUGUUUACAGAUGGCUCUUCCAAGCGGCGAACCAACAAGGCCUUUAUCGACCACUUAAUUGAGAUUGGACCUGCUGCUGGCCUAAAGGGUCCAAUCAAGCAGAUUCUUAGCCAUGAGACUGUCGUCUCUCAAACUGCCGAUGUCUCGUAUCAAUCUAUCCUUGAGCGAGGUGAGAAUGCGUGCAAAACUGCGCUUACAGCUGCUGGCCGUCUAUUCCAAUACGGCUAUCCGAUUCAUGUCGAUGCCAUUCUCAAUGAAAGGGACGUACCUUCGCAAGAUGGAUUCCUAGUCGACAUCCCGCCCUAUGGCUGGAAUCACGGUCUCAAAUAUUGGUCUGAGCCCCACGCCGGCCGAGCACACCGUUUCCGCCGGGACGGCCGAAAGGAUCUAUUUGGAGGCGAGACAUUCGAUGGGAUCCCUGACGAGCCGCGAUACCGGAACAUUCUCCGCCUCAGCGAGGUCCCGUGGAUCAAGCACCACAAAGUCCAGGGCGCAUGUUUGUACCCGGCUGCCGGAAUGGUUAUUAUGGCAAUCGAGGCCAUGUCCCAAAAAGCAGACAGCACUAGAAAGAUCAAGGCUUAUGAUCUGCGAGACAUAAUUAUCAACAAGGCUAUAGUUGUGCCAGUGGAAGACAGGGGUAUUGAGGCAAUGCUCACCAUCAAGCCUUUUCGCCAUGGCUCCCAGGCUCUUACUUCCUCGUGGCAAGAAUUCCAGCUUUAUUCCAGAAGGGAGACGUGGGAGCUCAACUGCGCUGGCCUUAUUCGUCUCGAAUACGAGUCCUCAUCUGGCGACAACACCUUUGCCAACGAAGAUACUCUGUUGGCCGAGCAACAUGCCAGGCAGUAUGACAAGAUCCGUCAGGAAUGUAUUCGACCACAGAACCCCAGAGACUUUUACAAUCAUCUGGAGUCCAUUGGUCUUUUCUAUGGCGGAGUAUUCCAGAGCUUGAUAGAGAUCCGCAAGGGAGAUAGACAGAGCACUUGUCAGCUCAAGAUUCCUGAUACUAAGCGCAUCAUGCCACGCCAAUUCGAGUUCCCGCACGUUAUCCACCCAGCGACACUGGACAAUAUCAUUCAGAUGGUUCUUCCCGCUGCCUCUGCAAUCGAUGAAGAGUUGACAGUCCCCAUGGUCCCAGUGUCUAUUGGGCGCCUAUACAUCUCGGCAGACAUCCCUAGCGAGCCGGGUACCAUUCUUAAGGGGUAUGCAUCUGCCCAUGUUACUGGUUUUGAAGAAGGUGAAUGUCUUGCAGUUGUUUCCGACGAUACGUGGCAAAAGCCUCUCGUCAUAUUUGAGCGCAUUAAGGGCAAAAGGCUCAGCGCUGAUACCAGCGAUGCUCUCUCCGCGAAGGAUCUGAGCUUGCGAAAAAUUGGCACAUUCUUCCACUGGAAGGAGGAUCUGCAUCUCACAGACCGAAAGCAGCUCCAAGAGCUUUGCUCUAAGCAAACUGCCGGAGAAUUUCACGUAAUUGACCGAAAGAUAUACAUCGAACUGGAAAUGGCAUGUUUAAUCAUCUGCCAGAGGGUGCUAAAGGAAUGUUCCAAGGAGGAGUCAGACAAGUUUGCUUGGAACUUCAAAUUGUUCUACGACUAUAUGCAACACUGUAUCGUCCUUUACAAAGAGGGCAAGGGAUGCUAUCAAAACGAGACACUUGGCAUUGACUGGCUUGGAAUGACCAUCGAGGCCGAAGAAGAGCUGCUCGCCCGUGUUGCAGAGGCGUCUACAGACGGAAACGCCCUUGUCCAACAUGGAAAAUACCUGCCCCAGAUUCUUCGAGGCGAGAUCUCUCCUCUUGAAGUUCUCAUGGCUGGAGACUUCCUCAACAAUUUCUAUAAAUUUGGUCUUGGGACAAAGGCACAGUACACCCAAAUGAGCUGGUACAUUGACAUGAUGGCGCAUAAGAACCCAAACAUGAAGAUUCUGGAAAUCGGUGCUGGCACAGCCAGUAGUACCCUCCCCAUCCUGGAGAAGCUAGGUGGUGCAAAUGGGACUGCGCCGCGAUUCUCUAGCUAUACCUUUACGGAUAUCAGUGUUGGCUAUUUCGAAAAGGCAAAGACCAAGCUGGCGCCUUGGUUGACUUUUAUCGACUUUGCCAAACUGAACAUCGAAGAAGAUCCUGCCGACCAGGGCUUCGAGGAGGGGUCUUAUGAUCUGAUUGUUGCGUCCAACGUCUUGCAUGCCACUCACUCAAUUUCAAAGACGCUGGAGAACACGAGGAAGAUGUUGAAGCCCACUGGAAAGCUGGUUAUGACAGAAGUCACAGCAUUGGGGAAGUUGAGAUUCCACAUGAUUGUGGGUUCCUUGGAAGGAUGGUGGUACGGUGAUAACGACGGGCGAAAAUACGGCCCAACUCUCGAGGUCAGCCAAUGGAACAAAGCUCUUCUCGAUGCUGGAUACAGCGGUGUCGAGGUCGAUUUCCCUGAUGUUCCCUUUCCCGACACCGGUGUUUCGGUCAUUGUCAGCGGUGCAUCAAUAACUGAAGAGAUCCCAAUGCCCAAGGAAACGCUCAUUGUUCUCCCGCCCAACGCUGACCCCGACAUUACGGCCAGCGCGGAUAAGCUGAGCAAAGAGCUCGUCAAGUCUGGAUCUACAGUUCAUGUGAUGCCUCUGGCGGACACCAUGGCUUUGGAAGAACUCAAGAAUAAGUCUUGUCUGUGCCUUGUGGAUGCUUCCUCUAACCAAGGAUUCCUUCCAGAUAUAAACCAAGAGAACUGGGACUCUCUGAAGCGCCUCAUUCUGUCAACCAAGGAUAUUACUUACGUUACGAGAGGUGGUACUCAGGACAGCAAUAACCCUUCGGCUAACCUCAUGACGGGAAUGGCAAGAAGUAUUCGAUCGGAGAAUAUGGGUCUCAACUUGACCACGCUUGAUGUUGAGCAUGGUGCUCUCCUGAGCAAGGAUGAGAGUGUCGCUGCCAUUAUCACGGUGUUUAGCGUCGGAAGCAAUUCUGGUGACAGCGAAACGCCAGACUGGGAAUAUGCCAUCCGAAAUGGUAACCCCAUGGUCCAGCGUGUGCUUCUCGAGAAUGAUAUCAAUGACGUCGCUUUAACUUUGCAUACCGCUCCUAAGCCUGAGCUGACAUCGUUUCAGCAGCCUGGUCGACCGCUGAAGCUUGGGGUUGGAACUCCCGGCCGGCUUGACACUCUCCGGUUUGAGGAUGAUGAUGACAGUGCCAAACCCUUAGCUGCUGAUGAGGUCGAAAUCAGUGUGAAGGCGAUGGGCUUGAACUUCAAGGACGUCAUGGUCGCGAUGGGCCAGUUGGCCCAGCCUGCCCUGGGAGUCGAGUGCUCUGGUAUCAUCAGCUGCGUCGGCAGUAAUGUCACCCAUCUUUCUCCCGGAGAUGCGGUCAUGACUUGGAAGCUGGGAACCUUCAAAACCUUGGCACGAGCCCCGGCUGCAAUGGUUCAGCUCGUCCCCCAAGGCAUGGAUCUUACCACAGCCGCAUCCAUCCCGGUCGUCUACAGCACCGCACACCACUGCAUCGCCAACGUUGCCAAACUCCGCAAGGGUGAAUCCAUCCUCAUCCACGGUGCUGCCGGUGGCGUGGGACAAGGUGCAAUCAUCCUCGCCCAGCACAUCGGCGCCACUGUCUUUGCCACUGUAUCCACAGAAGCAAAGAAACAGCUUCUCUUGGAGACUUAUGGUAUCCCAGAAGCUCAUGUGUUCAACAGCCGUGACUGCGUGCAGUUUUCCCAAGCCGUCCUCCGACUUACCGACGGACGUGGUGUCGAUGUUGUGCUAAACUCUCUGGCUGGCGAAUCCCUCCGUGCCUCAUGGCGCGUCAUUGCCCGGUUCGGCCGUUUCGUCGAACUGGGUCAACGAGACAUUGUGGGCAACACUGGGUUGGACAUGGAGCCAUUCCUCCGUAAUGUUUCUUUCCACUCUGUUAACAUGCUCGAUUUGUUGCAUUGGGACAUUGAUACUGCUGCUCGCGGGUUCGCUGAAGUUGUUGAACUUCUGAACAACAAGAUUGCCAAGGUAGUGACACCAAUCAACGUAAUUCCCCUCUCCCGCUUGGAAGAUGCGUUUAGGAUGAUGCAGACUGGUAAACACAUGGGCAAGAUUGUUCUGGAGGCUCACAAUGACGAUAUCGUCCCUAUGCUCCCGGCUUCUGCGCCGCCAGUCCGCUUCCGAGAGGACGCUACGUAUAUCCUCCCUGGUGGUGGUGGUGGUCUGGGACGGUACAUUGCAACUUGGAUGGUGAAAAGAGGAGCACGAAACGUUCUCCUUCUCUCACGAUCUGGCGCUGCUAAGGCAUCUGUCGUUGAUCUAGUCACCAAUCUUACCAAGCUUGGUGCCCGAGCCGAAGCAUGGGCAUGUGAUAUCGGUGACGACAAGGCUCUCCUCGAAGCAUUUGAUAGAUGCCAAAGGGAGUCGUGGCCGGCGAUUAGGGGCGUAAUCCAAGGAGCGAUGAAUUUGCAAGAUGCCAUCUACGAAAACAUGACACUGGACCAGUUCAAAGGAGCAAUCGUGCCCAAGGUUCACGGCAGUUGGAAUCUUCACGCGCAUCUCCCACAAGAUCUAGACUUUUUCAUUCUCCUGUCGUCGUCCGUCGGUAUUGCCGGCUCCCGAGGUCAGGGUAACUACUCGGCAGGUAACUCGUACCAGGACGCUCUCGCACACUACCGUCAUCGCCUUGGUCUUUCAGCCUGCUCCCUUGAUUUGGGAAUGAUCCUCGGUAUCGGAUUCCUCGCGGAGGAUACUACCGAUAAUCGCGUCCACGACAAUGUUCAGUCAUGGAAUUUUCUUGCAAUCAGAGAGCGCGAGCUCCUCUGCAUUUUGGAAGCAGCCGUUCGGGGGCAGAGCUUACCAGGUGUACCCAUGCCACCACAGCUUAUUGUCGGUCUCGGCACCGGAGGUAUGAUGGCCCAGGGGCUGGAAAAGUAUCCCUGGUGGUUCAGAGACGCCAAGUUCUCUCACCUUGUGCGUGUCGACACACACCGGGUUUCACAAGAUAUCGGCGACGAAACAGAGACGCCUUUGAGUGUUGUACUGGCUGGUGUCACCAACCUUGAGCAGGCCACGGAUACCAUUGUCGAUAGGUUAGUCCACAAGUUGGCCAAAUCGCUUAUGAUGCCGGCUGAGGAUAUCGAAGCCAGCAAACCUGUUAGCAGCUACGGUGUCGAUAGUCUUUUGGCUGUUGAACUCCGCGCUUGGAUCCACGCCGAGAUCAAGGCGGAUGUCUCUGUCUUUGACUUGCUGAGCAAUUCUUCCAUCAGCUUGCUCGCCGCCAAGAUGGCAGCAACGUCACCGAUUGUGCCGGAGACUGUUUUGGCUGAGGCAGCCCAAAAUUAA